AAUAUAAACCUGCAGUAUUCCCUCCCACAUUGGGCGGAUUUCUUCUUUGGGUUCUCGGGGAAAACAAAACAAGGCAACCGGUUGAACAUGAUAAUAUCAAAUGUAGUGACUUCCUUUAAACACUCUUAAGUGAAUUUAACGGGAGUAUUUUUCCCCCUUUCCUGUCAACAAAGACUCGUGAAACGAGGUGAAAUGAGUUCAUUUUGUGUGGAAAAAAGCGGCGGCGCGGUUUCGUUUGUCACCGCUGGAGGGCGCAGCGAGCCCGCAGCAGAUUUUCUGAAGGAUUAACGGGCUCGAGCCGACUGCUCUCUGCUGCAAAAUCUGCUUUAUUUCUGCGAACACGCAUCACCAUGAGAUGGCAUUCAAAGGCGAUUCGAAGUUUCUCGGGCCCACAGCCUGAUGCUGCCUCCACCGUACUUCAACGACACUCUGAACAUAUAUUUAAUAGAAAGACAGUUCUGCUCAAUCUGCUGCUGUGUCUGAUCAUAUUUUACUCCCUCUUCUACAUGAUUGGGAGUGUUUGCUUCGGUGCCUUCAGGUUGGAUCACUUCGAUGGACUGAUCCUGUUCCACUUUGAGACAGAACCUGCUGAAUCCAACUCCGAAUACCUGGUCAAUCUCAUCUCCUUGGAGCUCACCUACUUUUGUAGCGGCAUCCUGUUCGCUGCAGUGGUGAAGAGGCAGGUUUGGGACUACGCUCUCACCGUCACACUUCUACAUGUAAUCAUCACCAGCCUGGUGAUGUUGGAGUUCCCCAUGGUGUGGCAGUGGUGGCUAGCUUUAGGUAGCGGCUUAUUUCUGAUGAUUUGCAACGGUCAGUUGAUCGCUUAUUUCAUGUGCCCAAGUGAGCAGAGCUAGCCAACUUCAGCUACCACUAACAGUUCUUUAAAAACUGUUUUUUGUUGAGUAUUUUAGAGUGAGGCAAAAAGAAUCUGAGCAGAAACCAGAUGUUUGUCACACAUAAAAAGUAACUCAGCAGUACACAAAACCAGAGCUGGGUCAAGUUUUUUUGUUUAUGAAAUGUAAUUUCAGCUGACAAGCACCAGAUUUUUUUAUUUUGCAGGCAAACACUGUAAAAACAACCUAAUGUGACAAAAUCAAAACUAAUGUACGAUAUAGGAAUGUAGUGUUAAUUGUGUAAUACAAACUCUGUGUUUUAAAA